GGCAAUGAGUAUGAACAAAAGAAAUGCAUUAUGCCCCAUGUGUUGAUGUACAAUAUGAUGUCAGGUUGGUCUAGUUGUUAGCAGUGAUUUCUGUCAUACCUUUUUAUUGAGUUUACAUCAGGCAUAACUCAUUUCUGCUUUAUCUACAUCCACCUCAAAUUAUAAAUACUGCACACAAGCAUGUACAUAGUUCUUGUCAGUAGACAGCCUUGUGCAUCGCUGCCGCCAUAAAACUGGCCAUUUAACAUAAAGAGGCUCUAUGAUGCCUCUGUGUGUGCCUGCAUGGAGAAAUUAAUGGGUAGUAGAUAGUGACAGGGCCAAACAGACAGACAGCCAAAUGUACACUCUGCUUCAGUCCACACUGGACAGACAAGCACAUUCAGACACACACGCCGCCACUGUUUGUUGACCUGAAAGGCAACCAUUGUAACUGCCUCCAUCCACACACACUCAUCUCUAACCUUCACAAAAUAGUAUGCAAAAUAUGCAGACACUGAUCCCACACUGACACACACGCACACAUUUUAAGUAAGGGGAGGGUGGCCAGGGUUAUAUAAACAAGUGCAGUACAGAAAACGGAUAGACAGAUGGAUGUGACCAACAGCAAUACCAGACUGGGAUUAUAUCAAUUUUCAUAGAGCCAGAGGAAAGGACUGAAAGGAGGACAAACGCACGGGAACUAUCUGCUACGGAGGGACUGGAAGACUGAAGGAAGAGCAGGGAGAAAGGAGGGCAGAACGGAGAAAACUAAACACAAUUUGAGGAGAUCAAUUUGAACAAGUGAAUCGACUUUGUUUCUGUCUGUCUGCUGCCAGACCCCAGACCUGCAAGUUGCUGGUGCACACCAACACAGAGUAAUUUUCUCAGCGUCAGCCAGUUGACCGGUGAAGUCAGUGCCAUAGGGAAGAUUGGCUAUGAUCUGCUUUCGGCUUUGCCAGAAGUGUCAGGGCCAUCGGCAUUAGAGCUCAUUGAGUUUGCAGUGCCACAGAGAGUCAGAAUGGGCAGUGUGUGGUAAUCUAAGGAUGACACCCGCACUUUACUGCAUCAGAUAGCGUCCAGUGUGUGGUACAGCUCGUAACGCUUUGUCUCUGCACUGCAAACACACAUACACGUAAAAAACACACAUACUUACACAUGCAAACACAUGAGAGCUACACACUACCAGAAUCCAACGAUGCAUUAGGUCCUGACAAUCAGCGGAACUCAGGGCCGUAAGCACAGCAGGCUUUCGGAUCGGUGUGUAUGAGUGAGUGUGUAUCCGGGGUGCACCCAGGCACGGACUACGCCCAGUGGAGCAUGUUGGCAAGGAAGAGUUAGGCAGGUCGAUGCUGCACGAUUAUACUGUCUGAUAGCCUGUGAUUAUUCUGAGGAGUCUAAAAUUACCACGUAAAAUCACUGUCCAUUCACGCUACAGUGUGUACAUGAUAGCAUAUCGAAAGAGUUCUAGCAUUCAAGCAAAUAAUUGUGGAUACCUUGAGUGAGUAGUAUAUAAAUCUCGGGGGUAAAAGCACAAACCAAAAGGAGUAUUAUCUGACACUCAAGUGUCUGGCUGCAGUUUGCACAACCCUUUGCUAGUUUGUUUUUUACACAGGGCAAGCACUUCCACUUCGUGUCUGUAUAGAACAGCACUCAAGCUCAAUGGAUUUUAUUUAACCUUAGCUAUCUCCAGAUGAAUUGCAAGAUAGUGUCUCCAUCCCUCCAGAGGCCGGGUCGGUUCAGUUAUAGCUCAAAGGAACAUUGACUUCUGCCUGUCGAUUUGUAGGGUGAGAAGUCCUUGUUUGACUUAUUAAAAUACAAUCUGUUCAAGAAUGAGCAUUGUUGCCCUAGAUUUCACUAUCCUCAAGGGCAUGGCAGUGUAGGUAGCUCUAUUUCAAAAGUUAACAUUCAGUCAACAUCAGUGGAGAUAAACUUGACUUGCUUUAAAGGCAUUUUCUCAGCAUAUCUUAGAAUGAAAUAUAGUUUCAUUGUUGUUUUGUGAUCCUUGGAGCAGUGUGAUUUGACCCACACAAGACAAGCAGACUGUUGUUGUGCUUAAUUGUGCGACUGACUGUUAGGACGCCUGGUGCUCAGAACUAGCUGUGCCCUGAGUUGGCGCUGCAGUGUGCAGUUGGCGAAGUGCUAAUUAAGUUGUCCAUCGUUUGGUUAAUUGCGUAGCUGCCAAUACUAGAUAUGCCUGCUGUUAAAUAACACAGGAUUCCAGGUUUGCUUUGGUCACUUUUGGUAUUGGUUUUUCUGGUUUAUUGAUCUGAGAGUUUUGAGCUUAGGUCUCAGAAGGCUCAGAGCAGUGUAGUAGAAAAUAGCAAGGCUAGUGGUGUUUGUUGUUGUUGUUGUUGUUUUGCUUAGAUGGAACUGAGCUCCCGUACUGCUUUGUAGUGGCAAAGCUUAUGCACUGUAUGGAUUUAAGACAAUGCAUGUUGUAAGUUCUAUCUAAGCAGCACAAGGUGCUAAAGUCAACAUUGGAACUUCUUGUUGCCGUGAGCUCAUCUCUGUGUGCAGUGUGAUAGUGUCUAAAUCGCUAGCUCUGUUAGCACCCUGAGCUCUGGCCAAACUUCUGUGUAUUGCAUGCUAGUCCUGGCUGCAGUUCGGUUCUAUUUGACUUAGAAGCUAAAGCAGUUUUUUUUUCCAUGUGUUGUGUUGCAGCGCAGCACAUAAGAGUCCUUUAUUCAAGCGUUGUCCUCAAACAGCAACUUCUGUCUGAUUGAGCUAAAGUAAAGCUGGGCAAUUAGCGUGUGCACGUGCCUGCAGUAUUGCAGUUGAGAACAAAUCAGUGUGUGUGUGUGUUUGUGUGUGUGCGGACUAGUUUGUCUGUAGCCGUGCAAGCAGGGUCACAGAGGAGCCAUUGAUCAAACGUACACACACAAACACACACACACACACACACACACACACAGCUUCUCAAUACACAAUGAGGCCUGUCCGGAGCUCUAUCCACUGCUGCCUCCUCCCUGCCCCCUUCUCUAUGGUCCUCCGCAGCCUGGUCCUGGUCUUGCUCUGCAUCACUUCUCGUUGUCAGGCGGUCCAGACGGAGAACGUGACAGUCUUGGAGGGAGGUACUGCACAGAUCUCCUGCCGUCUGCAGAACUACGAUGGAUCAAUUGUGGUCAUACAGAAUCCGCGUCGGCAGACCCUCUUUUUCAAUGGCACACGAGCCCUGAAAGACGACCGUUUCCAGAUGACGCUCUUCACUCCACGGCUGGUGCGCAUCACGUUGACCAACGUCAGUGUUUCGGAUGAGGGCGGCUACUUCUGCCAGCUCUACACUGAUGCCACGCACCACCAGGUUGCAACGCUGUCUGUUUUGGUGCCCCCGGAGACGCCAACGGUGGAGGUGAAGCAGGAGGCCGUGGAGGGCGGCGAGGUGGAGCUCACCUGUGUAUCACCUCGUAGCAAGCCGGCUGCCAGCCUGCGCUGGAUUCGGAACGGCCGCGAGAUACCAGGUGUGGUAUCCCAGCAGGACAACGGCAAGACAUUCAGUGUGUCCAGCACCAUCCGGAUCCCAGUAGAAAGGAAGGACAAUGGGGCGGCGCUGAGCUGUGAGGCGCUCCACCCAGCACUGAACGAGCAGAAGAGGAUCCGACACUACCGCCUGGAUGUUUAUUUUGCACCUACAGUGAGAAUUGUUCCUCCUACUGGCAUUUUGCGAGAGGGCGACUCACUCAGCCUCACCUGCUCCGUCACCGGGAACCCUUUGCCCAGGAACAUUCAGUGGUCCAAGAUUAACGACACUUUGCCUGAGAGGGCAGAGAUAUCCGGCCCCACCUUUCAGAUUUCCCGUCUCAGUCAAUCACACAACGGGACGUACUUGUGCCAGGCCCAGAACAACUAUGGACGUGCUGCUGAUCAUUACACCCUAUUGGUGUAUGAUAAUGUGUCAGUCACUACCACGGUCCCUCCCACUCCUACCACCCAACCACUCACCUCCCAUCCCGCCACCCCAAUCCUCCUAACACCCAGCUUGGCCCCGGACCCAUCAGAUCCUGGUGCAGUGGUAGAGACUCACAGCGCAGUACCAUAUGCAGUGAUAGGGGGCGUUCUGGCACUGCUGGUUUUCACUGUCAUCUGUGUCCUCAUUGUCACCAUCUGGUGCUCCGUCCGACAGAAAGGCUCGUACCGUACCAGAGAGCCUAUUCUUGCUUGGUAUUGACCUAACAAUCAAUAAACUAAUGAUUUAAUCAGUUGCAGGUUCCUAUCUUACCCAUGAGGCCAGUGGGUUGGAUGAACAUGGUGAGGUGCAGGAGGCCUUCCUCAAUGGGAACGACGCCAGCCAGGGCAAGAAGGAGUACCUACUGUAGCCCUUUCCCUUCCCUAUCCCCUUCUCUUCUGACCUCAUCCCUCUAUCUCUUCCUCCCCCCUUAUAUACAGUAUACACACAGACACACACACUUACACUUGUAUACAAUGCGCCAUAAAAGGCGGCCUUCUAAAAACGACUGUACACAGACACUGCACACAGUCAGUCCAUCCCACUCCAUUCCACUCCAUACCUCUACACACACAUGUACAGCCAGAGAUAGACAAGAAAAAGAGAGCCUAUAGACCCACCAGCCAUUAAUGACUGUGCCAUAUACUAUAAGUCAGAGAAACAGGGGAAAUUGAGAAGGCGCCCAAAAGGGGGGGGAGUUAAUGUCGACAGAAAACGAAAUGAUGCCAUAAUCAUUUUGAUCGAGAGAGGGGGAAGCAGGGAGCACAAGAAAACAGGCACUCUGUCCAUACAGCUUGCAAAGUGGAAGAGGAAUUAAAGGCAGAUGAUUACUAUAAUUCCAUGCCUGAAGAAAACCAUCCAUUUCACAAAGCUCAGUAUUUAACUGGUGGAGACAGUGGGAGCAGUAUUUGAGGAGGGGAGGGGGAAGUGGAGGAGGUGGGAGGUAGAUGACCAAGAUCUACUGAGUGCAAGAUGACAGACAAAUUGAAAUCGCAUAUAAUUUCUUAACAACAUUGAAAUGUGAAAGCCCAGAGUCCUGGGAAGAAUUCACACCUUAUGAACAACCUGACUGUCCUGUUUUGCUACCCGUGUUGGGUGGCUUGCCAGUAAUUUGUGAUGUUUUUCCCCUCUCGCUGCAGGGAAAGGUGGUUCUCUUUUCAUUUAUGCUCCAUCUUCCCCUUCCUCUCCAUUCACCUGUUACCAUCCUCUCCCCUCUCCCUUAUAUGUCUCUUUCUCUCUGUCUGUCCCCCUCUAUCACUCCUCCUUUGUUGGCUCCUAAUAAUGAAAGGAUUAGCGUUGGGCUGUGUUCCCGACAAAGAAGAAAUGAAUAUGACUUGCUAAGGCAUUAAAGAAAAGCUUAAUUAUUUUAGAAUGUCAUUAAGAGGAUAAAAAGGUUUGAAAGUCUUAAUAAGAAGGGCAAGGGGAGUGAUAGCAAAAGGAGCGAAUGAGAAAAUUAAAUGGGUGGAUAUUUUUUUGAGAAUGCUACCACACAUAUGCAGAUACAUGCACACAUUCAUACAUACAGUGAACAUGUUGACAGAACAAAUAUACAUAUCUCCGAAUUCCUUAUUUGUAUAAAAAAACAUCAACAUAAAUUAAAGGAAACUUUUAAGAAAUAAGAAAACAGUUUACUAUUGAAACACAUAAUGAAGCAACUAUACUAACACAGAAUAUUAGCCUAUAGAGGUGCAAAGCCGAACAAACUACUGUCCAGUGAUCUUUAAAGAAAACAAAGAAAAGAAUAAAAAAAAAAUCAUUUGUCUUUAUGAAAAACCAGAGGUCUUAUUGAUUUUUUAUUAAUUAUUAUUAUUAUUAUUUGAACAAUUAUGAUUGUUGUUAAUGUUAUUAUUAUUGCCGUUGUUAUAAUUAUAAUUGUAAAUGUUAAAGAAAUGUACACUUCCCAUGGUUUGUUUUUGGUUCUACUGUAGAGAAAUUGCUGUCUUUUUUCACUCUUACCUUUCCUCUCUUUCCCAGUCUUUCUCUCUCUUUGUCUCCUGUGCCGAGUUGUCUCUUCUCCUGUCUUUCACUCUUGUUUAUUUUAGAGUCCAUGUGUCAUUGUUGAUAUAUAGCUAACUAUUUCUUUAUAGGGGAAAGAUACAAAGCACGACAAAAUAAAAAAGAAUCCAAAAAUAA